AUGUUCAUUUUAGUGCAAGAAGAAAAAGCGAUGCAAGCAGCACCAUCAGCGCCUAUUGAUGCUUCCAAAUUUGUUGCAUACGUUACCGAACGAAGGAAAAAGAGGAUUUUAUUUAAAGGCGAAUAUAUUAUGAUCUUACGCUCGGUGGAUCCGGCCAAAUGUCGAUGUGAUAUUGGUCAGGCAAUGGCGAGCCGUAAUCAGUUUCCCGAUACGCUGCCGUAUGAUUACAAUCGUGUUAUACUGCGUAAGCUCCCUGGCGACAAAAAUUCACAUUACGCUAAUGCUAGCUACGUUAAUAGUUGGUUGCGUGAGAAAGCUUAUGUUGUAACGCAAGCUGUCAGGACGAAACCCGCAAUAGCGGAAUUUUGGAGAUUGAUUUGGGAGCUUGGGUCGAAUUGUAUUGUUAUGUUAACUAAAGUUUUUGAUUUUAUGCGGGUUAUGUGUCUUCAGUAUUGGCCUGCUACUUCCAGUGAAUAUGGUCAAAUUGAAGUAGAAACAUUGGAGACCAAAAGUUACGCUCACUUUAUCAUCCGCACAUUGCGGUUGUCGAAAUCGGAUUCGGAUGUGGGUCAGCAAACUCGUGUUAUUAAACAUUUUCACUUUACUGAGUGGGAGCUGGACAGUUUACCGUACAUUAGCGCCUUUAUUGAAUUACGUCGACGAGUUCGCCAGUACACCGACAAAUUUCGUGCCGACGCACCAAUUGUUGUACAUUGCAGCAACGGUGGUGGUCGCAGUGGCGCGUUCUUGUCAUUGGAUGCAAAUUUGGAGCUUUUAAAGAAGACAGGGCAGAUUGAUGUGUUUGAGUAUGGUAAAAUACUGAUUAAUGCUCGACCUCAUUUGAUCGAUUCUGUAGAUCAAUACCAAUUCAUUUAUGACGCCCUUGCUGAGGCAAUCUUAUGUAACAUUGAACCAAUUGAAAUGUGGCAAUUGAAGAAAAGGAGUAGCAUGUACAAAGCCAAGAAGAAUCGUCAGGUAAUGGAAGCACAGGUUGCUAAUGAAGCUAAGUUACUAGUGAUGUUGACGCCUACAUUGAGGAUAGGUGAUUGUGCUGGUGGUCAUCGGUUAGAGAAUCGCGGUAAAAACCGAGACGUAAUGGUAGUACCGCCUGAUCACGCUCGGCCGUAUCUGCAAACGUUACACGGUGAAAGCAAAGAUUACACUUACAUUAAUGCAGUUGAAGUGGAUGGUUUUAAACGAAAAAAUGAAUUUAUCAUAACAGAGUGGCCGAAAAACUCAACAUUGGACAGUUUUUGGACGUUGGUUUUCGAUCACAGUUGCCAUACCAUCAUUAAUUUGAGUAAUCGGGGACGUUCUCGAGCAUAUCCAAUAUUCCUACACAACAGAGGAAAACAUACGUACGGGCCUUUUAUUGUUGAAAUUUUAAAUCACCAUCAGUAUCCAUCCAUGACCUCUCAUAUGGUCAAGAUUAUGAAAAAGUUAUUUAUGAUCUCAGAAGUAAUGGCAAACGGUACCAAUCAGCAGCAGCUGGAAGCCGAAGUUAGGAUAUGUUGUGUUAUACAGAUCCGAAUGUGGCCAAUUGAAAACAAAGUACCAUCAUCAACAUCUGGUCUUAUUGAUAUGAUAAAAAUGGCGCGCAGCUGGCGGAAACGUGCUCCAGAACGGCCAGAAACAAAACCCACUAUUGUUAUGUCGCACAAUGGUGUGAAUCGCUGUGGCAUUUAUAUAGCUGCUAAUGUGUGUAUCGAUCAGAUGGAUAUGGAUCAUGAAGUCGAUGUCUUUCAUGCUGUCAAAUUAAUUCGAAUGAAUAGGCCACAACUUGUUGACAGAGAUGAAUAUAAAUACUUGUAUGAUUUGAUGCUGCACUGGUACAUGACCAAUCCGGAAUAUCGUAUUUUUGACCAAAAGGAGGAAUCACGCGAUUCAACAUCACAGAAUAAUUCGUUACGCAAUUUGAUACACUCAAGUAAACCAGCGACUGCUUUGAAUUCGAACCAUAUCAGUUGA